UAAAAACCAUCCAUAAUCAACAAUGCAGACGAUUCAAGAGGACAUGAGAACUUGCCAAGAAACAUUCGAAUUUGAUGGUGAAGGGGAGGAAGGCGGAGAACCACUGGAAUUCCCUCCAAAAUUUGGGUACCAGUACAAAGAUCUUCAGGAUGUGGAGAAGGCUCUCGGCCUUAUACGAUUAUCCUGGCCGGAAGUGGAACUCGAGGACGAGAGGCUGGCAUCUCUGCCACCCAGUUAUCAAACAACAACUGAGAAGGAAAAACUUCUACUCUGGCAUGCGGAAAACUUCCGCAAACAAUUCCACACCAUCUACAGGGACCGACGACCCCUCCUCCUCGUCUGUGAUAACGAGUGCGGCAUUCAGAAAUUUGUAUCGACGAAUAUAAAACCGAGUACGCUGUCAUAUCCACAGCUUCACACGUGGCUGGGCUGCGCCAAAUUCGUCAGCGAUCAUCUAGCCUACGAACCGCUGAGCAAACCCCUGGCACUGCCAGAGCGCCUGUGUUCACCCACGUGGAUGCUAAUUACCCAGACAGCCAAUAGUUUCGAGUACUCCACCCUCUUGGUCUCGCUUCUCCUCGGUCAGGGCUACAACGCCUACGUCGUGAGUGGUUACGCCUCGAAGGAGCAAACAAUGUGCGAUCUGUCAAUGCGUUCCUGUCCAUACUUACCGAUCACCAGGACACCCCCAGUCUCAUCUACCCCCGAGGACUGCUCCCGAUACCGAGUUAAAUCACCCCCCGAUUUUCGGAGUAAAUUACUCCUGGAGAUGGAGGAGCUGGAGCGUCAGCGAUUGCAAGAUGAAGUGGAUAACCAGGAGAGGGAGCGCCAGAGGAUGAUCCACGAGCAGGAGCAACCACCACCCGACAAAUUCUGGGGCCACCGAGUGCACAGCUGGGUCCUGAUCCUCCCCAAUGAUUCCACGGAAGGUACUCGCUACGAGGAAAUCAAAUCGCCAGUGUUCAUCGAGGCGACUUCGGGCUACUUCUACGACUUGAGCGAUCCGGAGACGCGUCACCUCUACCACGGGAUUGAGAGCGUCUGGAACGACAGGAACUACUGGGUAAACAUGCAGAUCUGCACCGAGUCCUGCACAGCCCUUACCUGGGACCUGGACAACACAAGCCACUGGGAGCGUCUUCUUCCAGGAGAGCCCUCGCGACUCCUACUGUCCGAGGACAAGGAAGAGGACUACAACGUCCUCCAGGACAAACACCUGGACAUGCCUUUCCCUUACGUCGACGAGAUUCAGAUCUCCUCUCUCGAUUUCGAGAGGCGAUAUCCAAACGGUCGAAAGAUCCUUCUCUUCAAGAAAAUUAAAUCCGAGUUCUUCGCACCGUACGUCCAGAUGGAUGGCCUCACCUCGAAGAUGACGGAGUUCGAGGAUUACGAGUAUCAAUCACCAGUGAUGAUAAUGGAGAAUUACCAGAAUCGAGGGGAUAAACUCGUCGAGUCGAUCAAGGAUUUGAUCUCAGGGAGUGUGAGUGAUUCGUAUGAGCGCGGACGUCCGGACGCCUGCAAGGAGCACAAGUACUCGUCGAUGGGGUCCAACUCGGUGGAGGACGAGAGAUCCCUGGAGUUCUUUGACGUUAUGAGGAUCGAUGGACUCCGGAGAAUCGACGCGAAUCUGACACAUUUGAAUCAGCACUACGUAAAUCGAAAGGACUUCCUCUACCACAGAAGCGUCCUCUUCUCCACGGAUAAUGGACCCAUCCCCCAGCACAACAUCCAUUACAGAAAGAUCUCGAGGAUCACGGAGAUGUUCCGGAGGGAUGAGAGCGUUGACGCACACAAGGAUGUGGCUAUCAGGGAGUUUUCCAUUGAUGACAAUGAAAUCAGAUUAAAGUAUCAUUAUGGAGAGGACGAGAUCACCAGAGCGUCGAGGAUAUUCGUCAAGCCACCGGUGGCUGAGAGGGGCGAACGUCUAGUUUUCGAUGAGACCAUGACCACUGGGUAUCAUCCUGACCCAAUGGCACAACCUCCUAAAUCACUGGAGUUGUUUUAUCUCCUGGAGAUGCUCCUCAGAGAUGAGGUGCAGGCGGUCAAUUAUGUGAGGGACGCUGAGAAAGAGAUCUCCGUGUUCCUGAAGACCAGGAAGAAGGAAUACUUCAUGCCUAGACUCAUCGUCUCCAUGUUCGAUAGGAAUAGGAAUGAGGAGGCUAAGGCGGGAAUGUUUGCUAAGGAGGAGCUGCUCCGGGCGCAGAGUCAGAGAGAAGUUGAAGAGGAUAUCGACUAUUUGCGACCUUUCCUGGCUAGGCUUGGGAAUCCUAAGGCUCUGACGAAACUUCAGGCUUACGAGGUGCGCCAGGAAUGCCUGAAUGAUCUCAAGAUUACGUUGACGAACCGAGCUAACGAUAUUUUGAGGCGAUUCGAGAAUUGCAAGGCGAGGCUCCAGCAGUUGCAGCGGAAAUCGGCAGAGGACGAAGAUCUCUCCAAGGAGGAGAAAGAGAAGCUCAACGAAGAGAUAAACGAAGUCAACUUGAUAAUGCACACACUGGACAUCCGGUUGAAGCGUCACGUGGAGCUGUCGUCGGAUCGCUAUCGAGUGAUGGUGAGAAUUCUCGACGAGGACGAACGCCUCCUGCCACUCAAAGGAAAAUAGGGUGUAAUAUCAUUGAAAGGACCAAGAGCCCAUUUGUCCGAUGCAGCGACCUGAGAACAAUAAUUAUUAGCAAUUAUCUGUGAAAAAGAAGAGUCAACGAUUUGUGAGUUGAGCUCUUCGGCUUUUUAAAAUAUUUACGAGACUGAAGGAUAUUAAUUAUAAUUUUUAAUGUAUAAUUUGAAGAUGUCUCGAGCGAUGAGGAGCUAAUGAAUUGGAGAGAAGUUUGUUAAU